AUGAUUCCAAGAGUACUUGCUUGCCUCGGAGCAUUGAUCACCCUGAGUAGCCUCUUCACAUCUACCAUCACUCAGCAGGCAGUGGAGUUCCAACAGCGUCAAGCUGAGACAACCAUCGGCACCGCCGAGGUCCAGCGAGCGCAGACGUUUUCUUUCUACAAUGGAAGCGACCAGAUACUCGUCCCUUAUGAUACUCAUCGUGAGAAGCAUGCUCUUGUGGAUGGGGCUUUCUUCGUUCCCAACGAGACAAUAGCACAUAUCAGUCCCACUUGCUCGUCUGGCGACUGCACAUGGGAGCCAUACGGUUCUCUAGCUCUAUGCAGUGAUGUUGUGAACCUCACAGCAACGCAGAACGAAACACUUCUAGCAGACCUUCGGAACCAGACCAUGACUGAAAUAUUCCAACUUUUCAAUGCAACGCUGUCCUCCAAUAGCCACCUAGCAUACGGCAGCAUGAUCCUGCCCUCGAUACCUCCUGUCUAUCCAGUAAUAGUGCACCCUACGGCCGGCCCAACCGGGAUGUUCAACGCAUCUAUCAACGAGCUCAUGGCCAGCGACAACAUCGUGGCAUACUCAAACACACUUAUGACCAACUCGUCAGUUGACACAAUUGAGCUCUACUUCCUCGAACACGUGUCAUACUGGUGCACAAAGGCUCUAAAAACCGUCGUCCACAACGGUGAGGCCUCGACCACAGAACUCGAGUCCAAGGCCAAACCAAUGCACUCCAUCCACUACCCGCUCAACUUCGCGUGGACGCCCGAUUUUGGGGUGUGCUAUCCAGCAGGCACAUGCAACGCCAGCUUCGGCGGGCUCACAGUAGAUCUAGAACCGCCGUCGGUCGACAAGUCUGCUGCCACCGACCAGCCAGACCGCUACAUAGUCGACAUUUGGGCGUCACUCAUCGCGUCUGCACUAAUAUCUGAUUCCAGCUACGGCGGCGUGCUGCUCGACAGCACGCGCGGCUUCGUGGCGUCCAGCGGUGGCAGUCUGCCGCAGGCCUUUGCCAUUUCGCUGUUUGGCGACUUCAUGCAGACGGGCGUGCCGCCGGCCGAGACCCAGAUGAGUAACACCAUUACGCACAAACUCUUCAACGCCGCCGCCACGCCCGUACUUUCUGGCACCGUGUUCGCGCCACAGACUUAUGUACAUAUUCGAUGGCCAUGGCUGUCGAUGCUCGCGGCUCAGCUGGCGCUGACGCUGGUGUUCAUCGUCGCCACAAUUGUUUCGACAAGGGCAUCGGGUGUGCAGAUCCUCAAGGGUUCAUCGCUAGCGACCAUGUGCGGACUAGAUAAGAACACCCGCAAAUACCUAGGAGACAUUAACGACCUCAAGAAGCUGGGCGGCCGAGCAGAGGAUGUCAGGGUCAGGAUGGAGAAGGGGAGCUCGGGGAUGGCACUAUGGCUAGCCAUGGAGAAGAAAAGCGGAUGGCGUGAGACAUGGCAGCCGGUGCCAAGCUGGGGCGUACACUCGAUGGAGUCACGUGAGCGAAGUAUACACAUGUAA